CAAGGUUUCUUUUGCUCAACAAGCUCUACUUUCCAUCAUAGGGCCAUUGAAUCCAUUUACCCUCACUCCGAAAAAAUCCUUUUCUCCAUAUCCUUGCAUUAAUUCAUUCAUAAAGAGCUAGUUCCUUCUUUUACAAUGGAGUAUCAUUUCGUUCCUCCCGAGGAGCGCGCAAAAGACGACAAGGGCAAUCUUCUGCCCUGGGGUUACGUCUACAAGGAUGAAUCUCGAAACCCUCGACGACCACCUGAAGAAACUGGGCCUUUUGGAAAGAGGAGAAACGCUCGCUAUGACCAUGCUCGAUCGCGCACGCGAACGGGAACCCCAGCGAAGAAAGAAAACCCCAACGUUGCCGAGUUUGGACGGUUGUUUGCUAUGCAGCAAGAAGAGGAGAAGACCCGCAGCAAUACCUUACCGAAAUCGACAUCUUCCUCGAAUCUCGACAACGCACGGAAGCAGACUGAGAAGGUCGCUACUGAAUGCAUACUGUACGGCUACAAGAACAAGGAUGUCGAGUGGAAAGUGAUUGAUAAGUAUGAGAGGGUGUCCAGAGGCGUGAUAUGUGAAGAUUACCCUCGGACUGAUCCUAACGCUUUGAACGGGCAAUCUCAGCUUCUGAGCGGCGGUGAUGUGGUUAUUCAUGCGAACCUGUCGGCGGACGCGAACCGCAAAUCAAAACGGUAUGCAGGUGGUUUCCACUGGAUUAAGGUCACCUUCGAUUCGACGGUCGCUGCCGACAGCGCUUGUUUCUACUCUCCCCAGGAGAUCGAUGGACAUCUUGUUUUCUGUGAACUAUAUCAUGGCCAGGGACCUGCAGAGGAUGUGCCAAUCCUUGCAGAGUCAUCGGCUGCCGAGCAGUACAGAUCAAAAGCUACGCGCACUUUGACCACUUCGCGCUCUACCACAUUCCUGCAGACGAAGGAGAAAGAACGCUCAACAUUACCGCGGUCAUUCGCAUUGAAUAACCUUUCUAGUGUCACAGAUGUAGAAGAGAACGCAUCGUUUGACUCGACGCCCACUGCUAGCUCGGCGACUGCCACUGGUGUGGAUCAGGCAUCUACCGUUCAACAACGGAACGUGCCCCAAGAGCCGAAACCUGAGUCCGAUUUCAUGACACAUAUUCCCACCGUACGUCGGGCGAAAUUGCGCCCGAUAACCGAGGCCCUUCCGCCUCAACCGACGGUCACAGAGCGUGUUUUGCGAUCGAUACCGAUCCUCAGUUGGUUUACUGGUGACAUCGUGGGAGAUGGGCCUCAGCUCAAGGAGGAUGGGACAUUUGACUAUGAUAAAUCGAACGCCUACUGGCGCUUCUGGUUUAUGAUCGACAAGGUCCUUGGCACUGACAUCUGUGGACUGCGGGAGGAAUCAUGAUUUUUCACACUUCUCGGCCACUUUUCUCUACCGCUUCUUAUCAACUCAGUUACACCCAAGUUUAGCAUCGGCAACGCGAACUUCUUCAGCGUCAGUCAAUGCAAGCCCAGCUUCGGGCCUGAAGCAUUCCCGCCUGUGAGCAAAGGCCUCCACUAGACGGUGUUGGUUACCUAUGACUGGCCUAAAAAUACCCUUGCAUGUACGAUAGUACCCCGCCGACAGCUGUUGGCGCUAGUUGACGUUAUCCGAGCUGGCGGCCUUCUUUUCUAUGAUUUCAUGGCAUUUUACCGGUCGGGAUCUAUAUUAAUUUAUGCAUGGCAGGCGAAAGGAAUAUACUGAUUGCAUG